AUGGAGUUCGAGGAGUUACAGGAGGGUAAAGAAGCGGCGUUCAUCGUUGAAUUGAACACCGCCGAAGUAUCAGCUGACUCUUCGGAAUUCCGAGGAUAUUUCUCUAUUCCACUUAUUUCCGCCAGUCUCGGGGAUCCCCCGAACAUCGAUGAACUUAAUUUAGCAUUCUUACACGCUUACGCGUACUUUACCUACGACACGCCCACUUUCGAAUCGUUCUCCCUCUGCUCUGCAAUCCCAGCUGGAGAGCCACCCCACCCGUAUACUGACCGCCAUCCGAACAAGAGUCAAACUCUUCUUCAACAACAAAACUUACAUACUCCUCACCACCAAAAAUGUAUAUCCGUUAUUCCAAAUAAAAAUCUACUUACCUUACCUACGUAUGCUGCGACUAAAAAGAGGUACAAGCCCGUCGAACGACGCACCCAACCAGUCCCAGCAACGCUGCCAGAAAAGUUCCGAGUGGUCCGACACUUCCCAUCCGACCCCUUGGAGCACCUACCUACAUUAAACCCGACUCCCCCGCCAUUUGUCCCGACUGGCCGUUAUACGCUAGAGCGCAAGGAGUUUAUGGACUCAGUCCACGACCCGAACUUCCUCUGGCCUCAAGAA